GCUAUGACGAUUCAAGAAAGAUCCAAGUUGACGGAUCAAACAGUCACGCUCGUUGAGGCACAGAGACACGCAGCGAACCUGCUUCUGCCGUUAUGUACAGUACCUUGGCUAGCUCAAGUUCAGUCUAGAAUACUGUACCGUGCGGGCGACUGUUUGUUUCGUCCCGUGCAUUCGAGGCAUCUUGAGGAAGAGAAAGGCCCAGACAAGGUUAGCUAUAUCCCGGCCAAGGCGGCGACACAAGAGAACGGCAGAGAACGGCAGGGAACCAAGAAGCUGCUUUUCUGCGUUAAGUUAAUUGACAGCAGCAUAUUGUACACAUACAACACAGCACCGCACAGCACCAUUUUUUAUUUUUUGUGUUUGGUUCUCCCGGUUGAUCCGAUCCGAUUGAUACCUGGCUGUGCUCGCCUCAACCCCCCCGCGCCUCCAUCUUCUUGCGCCCAGUCACCAUUGGAUCGACCAAGUCAAUUGGUUAGGUGCCUACGAAUCCCCCCGUCACCCACUCCAAUUAGUAGCAGAAAGCUUGGUCAUUUCGACGGUGACGGUGUUGGUGCAUGCUGCCAACAGGGGAAUAUUUCCCUUGCAGCCUUGACUGAUCUGCAUUGGUUGUGCCUUUUUUCGUUGUAUUUCUUAAUUCGGAUUUUUUUAUUGUCACUGCCCCUACUUCCCCAGGAAGACCGUGGAUUCUUGGGGGUGAGAUGGGUGCCGCAUCGCGGAUCUUCAAACACUAAAGUGGUCUAGAACUAGCCACCAAUUCAACCCAGGCAAAUCAACAGCUACGCCCGUGACGACAUAUAACAAAGAGAGAGAAAACAACCCCCUGGCUACCCCUGUGUUGCCGAACCACGAGGGGACUGCCGCAUCCACGACGCCGUGAUGGCUACCGACCACAACGCGGCUGUCGCUGCGUCCUCAUCCAACCCAUUCCGCCGAAGAGGGCCCUCUUCAUCCGCUUCCGUCCAUUCCCCGCCGCCAAUCUCGGUUCCUGACGGCCUAUUCGCAAGCUUCGACCCCGUCUCUGCAUCAGCUGCUUCAAGCAACAACGAUAAUUACGGCAGCGACAUAUUUAGACAGCAGCUGCAAUCCCUACCCAAAUCUGCCGAGGCACCACCCUCCACCACCUUCCAGAGACCCAAGCCGGUGAAAAAGGUCCGUGUGCAGUCGCCCCCGCCAUCGUCUCCCGAGUCCGUCAAUGCCGAAUUUGAGGCUCGUUUUCCGGCCCACGGUCCGCCGCACAUAUCAUAUGAGGUGCCAGGUAGCGAUGAGAGCAGCAGCGACGACGAAGAGCCACUACGGAGUGCUCUAGGCGACGGGCAUGGCCACAAUUACAACUCAAACGGCGGGGGUUGGAAUCAACAUCAGGCACCAAGCCCAGCGAGGCCACCGCCGAACCCUUUCUCGAAAACAUUAAGCGACUUGGAAAAUACCUCUGCAGAUGGCGCAGGGGUAAAUGCAAUCACAGGCGCAAAGGGUUCCAUGGAUGUGGAUGCGUUUAGGAGACUGCUGAUGACAGGUCAGCCUGGUGCACCGCAUGCCCCAGCCAGUCCGCAAGCGCAGCUGCAGCCCCCAUAUCACCAAGGAGAUGCCGCAAGCAAUACGGAUGCCUCGUCUAUAUCUCGACAUUCCAUAUUCGACGCCUCGAACCUCCCUCAGGAGACUCCUCGUACAUCUCACGAAAUUUCAGAUGAUGAAGAUGAGGAUGAGGAGCAUGGCCUGUUACCCACGCAGCGUACCCAGCGCAAGACGCUUCGCAAGAAGCCACCUCCACCAGCAUCGAGGCACGGGAAGCCAUUCAAUCUUGACCUGUCGGGUCAGGACUCUGCCGAAGAGCCUGGGCUCUCACCAAAACUCAGGUCCUCAUCGGCCAACUCAGAUCUCAACAAACCAUUGCCGCCAGCACCAAGGCUCCCCGGCGGGGACACUAAUGAGAGCGUCUUUGACCGCGAGGCUGCAGGGAAGAUACCGGAAGUCGAUGUAGACCCGGAUGCGCCCGAUGACGAGAUUCCGCCUCCAAGACCACCAACUCCCCCUAAUGCUUCACACUCCACUGCGCCACUACCUCUACCCAAGAAGCCCGCAGCGCCGCCGCCGCGUAGGGGCGGGCACGGUCGGAGCGACAGCAGGGCUACUGUGACAUCACUGGCUUCCCCGGUAUCAGCCACACACAAUUCAAAAGAAGACUAUGAGGACGGGGAGAGCGUGCGCCGUCCAUCUUCAGAUUCUAUACGCUCCAGAUCCUCAAGCAUCCGCGCCCCAGCGCCGGCCCCACCGCCGCCGAGGCGGUCCGCUGCGUCUAGUAACCCACCGAGACCAAACAAUGGCCUUACGUCUCCUGGGGUAUCGAGGACACCUACAAGCCCAGGCUCGGGAUACACGUGGCCGGGCGACUCUCCUACACCGCGCGUGAGCAGCGGAGGAGCGCCACCGCCCCCACCGGCGAGGAAGAACUCGGUGAGGAGCGGCAGGCCCGCCAGCAUCCGAAGCAUCGACUCGACCUCACGCCGAAUCGAUGGCAGCGGGGCCUUGACGCCGACUUCAGCCGCGGCGCCGCCCCCGCCACCUCCUCGACCGCGGGGACGGGGUGGAAGUAGGACCAGCGCAGAUGGAGGUUCGGACAGCAUGGUGCCCAGGGUGCACGAGCCAGUGCCGGAGGAGGUUCAUAUCGGGGAUUCCGGGGCUGGCAAGGACAUUUUGGCAGACCUGGAUGCUCUGCAGAGGGAGGUUGACGCGUUGAGGGGUCUGAAGUAGGGGCGCUGCGGAACAUGAUCACUUCUAGUCUGCUGGGUUCUGUAUCAAAAAAUACGGGAACGUGGUCAAGUCAAAAGCAACCUAUAGAGAGCUCAAUGGAGAUGACGGUGGACAGUGUCAUAGAGAUACUCGGACGGAUGGACUGUUGCAUCUUAUGACGCUAUCAGCUAAGUGUUUCUUAGCCAUUUUCCUUUUUGUUCUACGAGGAUACACUAGCUUGCAAUCAGCCGCUUAGUGCCUAGAGGCUAGACGAGUGUUGGCUCGGUUGUGCUAUGCUUCUGGCUUUCCUCUAUCUCUUUUACUUCUGCUGUGCAGUUAGUUUGAAUGGCUGGUUUUGGGAUGGUGUUUCUGGAGGGACUAAUAUAGGCCUUUUCUUAUUUUAUCUUGAUCAAAAACUCAACGUAUCGAGAGCUCCCAAGCCUCUCUUCAUGCACACACGUACGAAUGCUUUUCGGCGGUGUGGAAGUGCAGCGGCUUGAGCGGUUGCAGUUCCUAUUGCUCAGUUGUGUGGAGUCGUAGCACCCUGCUGGACUUUUCUUCUCUCC